AUGGACGCGGAUAGUGACGACGCCUGGCGCUUACCACGGGAGCCUCCGGAACCUGACAUCGCGGCUCAGUCAUCACGGCUUUACGUCUUGGGACAACUCUGUUUCCCGACGUCGCCCAUUCCCGCAGCCGAGCACAGCCAGAACAUUCCCUCGCGCUAUUCAACAACGAUCGCCCGCUCUCUGAUCUCUUUGUUCCCAGCAUUACGCAGCUCGAGUGGUUCCGAGGUAUUUUCUCGCGCUCCCAGGCGCCAACCUCGACGUCGACGGGACGCAAGUGCGACAACCAUGGUGCCUCUACCUCUAUUCAAGCUCGCAUCGCUCUUCGUGCGGCACAUUUCCAAAUAUGGCGCGAACCAAAUCAAAGCACAAGCCCACGACCAUCCACGAUUUCGCGCAUUCGCCGCCAAGUACGGCCAGCACAUGCACCAGCUAAACAUGCGCAUGUCCGUCGCCCUCCUCCGCGACCCCGAGGCAGAGCGCCGCGCCAAGGAACGAGCCGAAGCCCCCACGGUCAAAACCGAGGAGCAACACAAGCGCGACGAGGCGGCCAAGUCGAAAUCCAGCCCCGGCACCUUGUCCUCCUCCUCGUCCUCCUCUUCAUCACAGUCGGCAAAGUACCCACGAUUCACGUUCCAAAACGUGUGGAAGAGGAAGUUCCGGCCUCUCCCCGAGGGCAAAGCGGUCGAUCUUUUCGCAGACGCUAUUGGCGAUGCGUUCAUCCUCGGUGUGGCAGGCGGCCUGAUCAUAUACGAGUCGUGGAAGGCGUUGCAAAAACCAGACGUGAACAAGCAGCGAAUCGACGAUUUGAGCGAGAGGGUGGAGGCUCUGAGGAGGAGAGAGGAGGAGCUGGCGGAUGCGGAGGAGAAGCAGAGACAGAGGUUUGAAUCCUUGGAGGAGGCGUUGAGGGCUCUCAAGGACCCCAAGACGAAGGAGCCUUUGUUACCGACAUUACAGCCUUGA